UGGCCCCCGUGCGAUUGAGUUUGACACCCCUGUUCUAGCCGGAGGGUCCGGCCACUGGGAAUAUUGUUCAAGUGAAGCAGGGCAGGCAGUGAGGUGCGUGAGACGGUGCGCACGCACACGCUCCGGUGUGUGCGUGCGCGCAAAGUUUAUUGAAAGAGUUCCUCUCCUCCCUCCCCCUCGCCCUCCCGCCUCCCCUCCCUGCAGCCCAGGCAGCAGCAGCCUGGGUGGUCCUCCUCUCUCUCCACUUUGGCGAGCUGUUGCUUAGCAGCUAAUAAUAGGCGAUGUUUGCAAAGUAAUUUGCCUCUUCCUUGGCCAAUGGGAGCCGGAGCACUUUUCCAUCAAACCUCCCUUUUCAGGAUUUGCCGAGAGGCGAGCUCCUCCAAAUGUUACCACUACGGGAUCGGAGUUAGACUUGACACGGACGCCUCAGAGCCGGGCUACUACUACUACUACUACGACUUCUACUACUACUACUACUACGCGCACCGCUCCUCUUUAGUUUCUCCCCCAAACUCUCUGGACGAAUGAAGACUGAAGGAUCUUUACGGAUUUCGGCGCAUAAUGUUGGGAUGGAGUUUCGAGACUCGUGCGUCUCCAUGGAAGGCUAGAAUCCCGGAGUGGUCGCCGGAGGUGUUGGAUGAGCCCCGCUUCUUCUAUGUUGGAUUAUUGUUGCUGAACUCGCACCGAUUCCGCGUCGCGUCCCGCUCCCCCGUCUUUGGACUAUGGCCUCGGAUCGCGGGGUCCCAGGGGCCGGCGUCUUUGGAGAUUUACCCCCGAGUUAUACGCGCUCCCAGCAGCCGCCCGCGAACCCGGACCUCCUCCGGAGACCCAGCUACUGCCACGCUGCUUUCGCACUUAAACAGAUCUCAAAGGGGAAGGCGGUAGGUCAGAAAGCUCCUCUGUGGAUCCGGGCGAGGUUCCAGGCCUUGCUGUUCUCUCUGGGCUGCCACAUCCAGAGACACUGUGGAAAGGUCCUCUUUAUUGGACUCUUAGUAUUCGGGGCUCUUUCUGUGGGACUCCGGGUGGCAGACAUCGAAACAAACAUCGAGCAGCUAUGGGUGGAAGCUGGUAGUAGAGUAAGUACGGAGCUUCGCUACACCAAGGAGAAGCAGGGAGAAGAGUCAGUGUUUACCUCACAAAUGCUUAUCCAGACCCCCAAAGAGGAAGGCGGCAACAUUCUUACCCAAGAGGCUUUGCUGGUCCACAUGGAAGCCGCCCUCUCUGCCAGCAAGGUUCAGGUGUCGCUGUUUGGCAAAUCGUGGGACCUUAAUAAAAUAUGCUAUAAAUCAGGAGUGCCAAUUAUAGAAAACGUCAUGAUUGAAAGGAUGAUUGACAAGCUUUUCCCCUGUAUGAUAAUCACCCCUUUGGACUGUUUCUGGGAGGGGGCCAAACUACAGGGAGGCUCUGCCUAUUUACCGGGUAUGCCCGAUAUCCAGUGGAUGAAUUUAGAUCCUGUCAAGCUAAUGGAGGAAUUGAGUCAGUUCACUUCUCUUGAAGGAUUUAAGGAGAUGCUGGACAAAGCUCAGGUGGGACAUGCCUACAUGAACAGACCAUGCCUCAACCCUUCAGACUUGGACUGCCCACUCAGCGCUCCCAACAAGGAACAAGGAGAGAGUCCUGACAUUGCUGGGCGUCUUCAGGGCGGUUGCCAUGGUUUCAGCCAGAAGUUCAUGCACUGGCAGGAGGAGCUCAUCCUGGGAGGGCAGGUCAAAAGCAGCCAGGGUACUCUGCUGAGUGCGGAGGCUCUCCAGACGAUGUUCCUGCUGAUGAGUCCCAAGCAGCUGUAUGAGCACUUUAAAGACGAUUACGAGAUCCAUGACAUCAAUUGGAACGAGGAGAAGGCGACCGCCAUCCUCGAGUCCUGGCAGAGGAAGUUUGUGGAGGAGGUACACCAGAGUAUUCCAGCUAAUUCCAGUCAGUCCAUCCACGCUUUUUCUACCACCACCCUCAACGACAUCAUGAAAUCCUUCUCUGACGUCAGCGUCAUCAGAGUGGCUGGUGGAUACCUGCUUAUGCUGGCCUACGCCUGCGUGACCAUGCUGAGGUGGGAUUGUUCAAAGUCUCAGGGAGCCGUUGGAUUAGCCGGAGUGUUGCUGGUGGCCCUUUCGGUGGCGGCCGGAUUGGGUCUCUGCUCCCUCCUCGGCCUCUCUUUCAAUGCUGCAACCACACAGGUGCUUCCCUUCCUUGCACUAGGGAUUGGUGUGGAUGACAUGUUUCUGCUGGCUCACUCUUUCACAGAGAGUGGAGGCAACAUUCCCUUCAAGGAGAGGACGGGAGACUGUUUGCGUCGCACCGGCACCAGCGUGGCUUUGACCUCCAUCAACAACAUGAUCGCCUUCUUCAUGGCUGCCCUUGUACCCAUUCCUGCCUUGCGGGCUUUCUCGUUGCAGGCAGCCAUUGUGGUUGUGUUCAACUUUGCCAUGGUGCUGCUUAUAUUCCCCGCAAUCCUAAGUUUGGACCUCCACCGGCGCGAGGACAAGCGCUUGGAUAUCCUCUGCUGCCUGUACAGCCCCUGCUCCGAUCGCGUCAUCCACCUAGCGCCUCAAGAGUUGUCCGAUUCCGGGGAGCAGCCUUACGCCGCCACGACGGGCACGGCGCACCAGUACGCAGCGGGGUCCACGAUCACCACCAGCACCCAGAUCACCACAACGGUGCAAGCUUUUACUCAGUGUGACGCAGCCGGCCAGCAUAUCGUUACAAUCUUACCGCCUACCUCGCAAAUCUCCACCAGCCCUACGUCCAUCAUCGUCUGCCCCAGCUCACAGGCUCAAGCCAUAUCUCCAUCCCCGUCCACCACCUCUGUACCAGAUCCCUACGGCUCCCAACUCUUCACUCCAACCUCUAGCUCCACUCGAGACCUCUUAGCCCAGGUGGAAGACUCUAAAUCAGGGAAGAGGUGUGUCCCCUUCCCUUUCCUGCAUUGGAACCUCUCCAGUUUUGCCAGGGACAAGUAUGCCCCCCUGCUCCUCCAGCCAAAGAGCAAAGCCAUCGUGGUUGUUUUCUUCCUGGGACUCCUGGGCCUCAGCCUGUACGGGACCACCAUGGUGCACGACGGCCUUUACCUGACCGACAUCGUGCCACGCGACACCAAGGAGUACGAUUUCAUUGAAGCCCAGUUCAAGUAUUUCUCCUUCUACAACAUGUACUUGGUAACCAUGGAUGGAUUCGAUUACGCCCGAUCUCAGAGGCUCCUCAUUCAGUUACACAACGCCUUCAACUCUGUACGAAAUGUGGUCAGAGACAACGACAACAAACUACCCCGCAUGUGGCUGCACUACUUCCAAGACUGGCUCAAAGGCCUUCAAGCUGCAUUUGAUGCUGACUGGCAGGCAGGCAGGAUUACUGCUGACAACUAUAGGAACGGCACAGAGGAUGGAGCUUUGGCAUACAAGCUUCUCAUACAGACGGGCUCCAAGAAAGAUCCUUUCAACUACAGCCAGUUGACCUCCCGUCAGCUAUUGGACGCAGAUGGUUUGAUCCCACCAGAGGUUUUUUACAUUUACCUGACCGUAUGGGUCAGCAACGAUCCUCUGGGCUACGCCGCCUCUCAGGCCAACUUCUACCCUCACCCGAGGGAAUGGAUCCACGACAAGUACGACACCACAGGGGAAAAUCUGCGCAUUCCAGCUGCAGAACCCCUGGAGUUUGCUCAGUUCCCUUUUUACCUGAACGGCCUUCGCCAGGCCAGCGACUUUGUGGAAGCCAUUGAGAGCGUGCGGGCCAUUUGCGACGAGUUUAGUCGUAAAGGGGUGUUCAACUACCCUAACGGGUACCCCUUCCUGUUCUGGGAGCAGUACAUUGGUCUCAGACACUGGUUCCUGCUGUCCAUCAGCGUGGUGCUGGCCUGCACCUUCCUGGUUUGUGCGAUUCUCCUGCUCAACCCCUGGACCGCCGGCCUCAUCGUGUUUAUCUUGGCCAUGAUGACAGUGGAACUGUUUGGGAUGAUGGGCCUGAUCGGGAUUAAGCUCAGUGCCAUCCCUGUGGUAAUCUUGAUCAGCUCAGUUGGCAUUGGAGUGGAGUUUACUGUUCACAUCGCACUGGGCUUCCUGGCCGCGAUUGGCGACAGGAACAAGCGCUCAGCUGUGGCGCUGGAGCACAUGUUUGCCCCGGUGGUUGACGGCGCCAUCUCCACUCUGCUGGGAGUUCUCAUGCUGGCGGGGUCGGAGUUUGACUUCAUCAUGAGAUAUUUUUUUGCUGUUUUGGCCAUCCUGACUGUUCUGGGGAUGCUGAAUGGCCUGGUUCUCCUCCCGGUGCUCCUCUCCAUGAUGGGGCCUCCAGCUGAAGUCACCCCCGUUGACAACGCCAGCUGCCUGCCAGCCCCUUCCCCCGAGCCCCCGCUGCCUCCACCGAUGACCCAUCACGGCUACUACACAGGCCACCACAACUCACGGUCAGCUCGUCAGCAAGCGUUUUCCGAGUCGUCGGACUCCGAGUACUAUUCUGAGAUAACCACCACCUCUGGAAUUGGAGAGGACGACUACAAGUACUGCGAUCGCAGCACUUGUACGACAUCCCACCCCGGCAGCCCACCCUCAACCUCUCACAUCCUGCUGGAAGCCAGCAAGAACCCCAGCUUUCCUAAACUCACGGUGGUGAAGCCGUUCAAAGAAGCCCCCACUGGUGGAAGAAUCGAGCCAAUCUGUGAACCCUUGAACAAUCCCCAGCCUCUCGGCUCUCAGUUUACAUGCUGGGACGGCAGCAAGCGGAACAACCAGCAGAGACUGCAGGCUCAGCAGCACUCGCCCAGCGAAAGAGCCCCGUUUGCAGGGAGAACUUGUCAAAGUGGCCCCAGGCUGCAGAGCAGCAGAGGGCCUCAGCCAAACAGGACUAAAGGGCCACCAAGCCAUAGCAACUCUGCCCUGCCGGCAUCGCAGGGCUCCACCGGGGGGCCCGUUACUAUGGUUACGGCCACCGCCUCCGUGACGGUGGCUGUGCAUCCGACUUUGCCAGGAGCGGCAUACCAGGGCUACAUGCACGAAGGUUUUGACACGGACAAUGAGUCGGACUUUUUCGAGGCGACUAAAAGGACUUGUGACAAAACAAACUUUUCUUCGUGUAAGAGAGACUCUGUAGAGCUCCAGGACUUGGAAGCUACACAGGGCCAGUCAGAGCAUCAACUCUGCAAGACACAAGGUGGACUGAGGAUCCAGGCAUCCAAAGAUUGCUAGACCCUCUCUCACGCCACGCCCUUCUCACUUCAAUUAUCUGCGUCUCACCUCGACGUUACAUCAAGUCCUCCCCUCUCAAAUGUAUGUUGACUGCACAUAAACCGGAGAGGAUUCCCGACAAGGACACGAAAACUGAGUUGUUGUAAGAAUUAAAUAAAUCUAUGAGUAUAUAUUUUAAUACUAAAAAAAAAGAGGGAAGCUAUUUAAAAGAGUACUGUAUAACUUUGGUAUACUCUUGUUUAAAAUUUCAGAUGUAAAAUAUUAUUUUCACGUGGAGGGGGUGGAGUUUUGUUUUUCCUCCUCUCACACUGUAUAGAAUAAGAAAUGAGCUAUAUGUUUUCACAGAAGAUGUUAUUAAGGUAUUAGGAUAUUGAAAAUACAUGGUCAGUGUUUGAUUUGUAUUUGUUAUGUUCUGUUUUGCUGCUACACUUCAAAAAUGAUUUUAAGCAAUUUGCCCGAAAACGUGCAGUACCUCUCCCUCCCUCCAUCCGGUCGCAGUUUUUACACUGUGAAUUACUUGGCAGUCUUUGUCGGACGAGUACACUUCAGUGUUCACUGUAAGCAAAAAAAGAGAAUUUACACAACAGAUUUUGUUUUCAUAACCACCGUGCCUUCACGCUUUUCCCUUCUCAUAGCAGAUAGAGCUCAGUAUUAUGUAUUUAGAUUAUAAAUGUGUGUUUGUCUCAUCGAGGGAUUGAAUGUUUGCGAAGGGGCAUAAUUUGACGAUAUUUUGUCAAUUGUCACCACCUGCCUGAUACGAUUGUGAUCCCUCAGCCAUCAUUUUGGUAUAACUAGCUCAGAUUGACUAUGAUAUUUGAUUUCCUCCAGCUGUUUUUGUCAUUUUAUUUUUUUUUUCUUCGUGUCACUUUUAGAUUACAAAAAAAGUGUUGCUCCCCCUCUUGGAAUUCUUUAAAAGGGAAAUAUAUAAAGCAAAGGGAUUUUUUUUUUCAAAUUGUAGAUUAUAUUUACAUUUUCUUUCUUUACUGGCUGAUUUAGGGCUGUUUGUUUGAAUCUGUGCAAUUGUUAAACUGUGUGAAGUGGUUCAGUCUUCCUCACGCCUUAAGUGACUGUGCAUAUAUAUAUAUAUAUAUAUAUAUAUU